CCCAGCCUGUUGAGCAUGCAGGUAACAUCAGUAUCCGUAACGCCAACGUCCACGACUCAGCCGCUGGCCCAGAGUCGAGCAGCAGCAGCAGCAGCAGGGUUUAGCUGCUUGUCGAUGGCACAGAUUGGACAUGGAAACCGUCAGAUUUGUCUCACAACAGUGGAAAUUGCAUCCAUAGAAGCCACUAGACGCCGCCUGCUCUUGCACAAUGCCCGAAAUCCCAGAUUGAUGGCAUUACCAUCGUCCCCGUUACUUACUGACAACGUAUCGCUCGGCUCAAGCUCUGCGUUUAGUGAUUAUGAUGCUACGAGUAACAGUCCGAAAAUCGUUGUUGCUGCCCCAGAUGUCGACACCAGUUCCAACAAUGCACUCAGCGCCAAUUUCCAAUGCAACGACUUGGAAUGCUCGCUGAGGUUGGCUGACUACGCGAAGGCAGGCUUCCUUGGCAGUUUCCUAUCGAAGGGUCUGAAAACAAAUCAAUUGGUUGUUAACACGGAUGAAAAAACAUUAAGACCAAUUGCACGAUUAAAGGAACCACGCGAUCUAUUCGCACUGCCUAAGGACAAGGACAAUGACUGCUCACAGCAGGCCCCCAGAUGGCCGGUAGAAUGCCAGGUGAUUGGGGAUCGUAUUAUACACAUUCCCUAUGUGCCGGCGCAGCCUGAACCGCUAAAUGUGCCAACGGGCAAUGAGCUGAAGCCGCGUCCAGUUGGUGAGGAGAAUGGCAUCGUUGUCUUUACCUAUUGUCCCAUAAGUGCUGUUAACUAUGAAAAGACAAAUACCAAAGCCAAGACAGAGGACAAGUCCAGCGAGGAUUCGGAUGACUCUUCGGACUCUAGAAAUGAUAUUGUACCCAUCAAUCGCAGGGUGAAUCAACAUGCUGGUGGAAAAGGCCAGAUGAAUAGAAUUUCUAAGAUCAUAAAUAGUCUGGAUGAUCGCUCCACGAGCAACUCUCAGGACGAUGACGAUGAUGAUGAUGAUGAUGACGACGACGACGAUGACUGCGAUACGAGUGGGGAAGGAAAAGAGGCGAUUGAGAGAUUAGCCAUCCAAAGUCUUAUCGAUGCCAAGAAGAAACGAUUUGCAAUUCCCAUCAAUGAUUCGGACGGCAGCAAAGGAGACAGCAAGUCAACCAGUAAGGAUGCCAGCGAAAUUGAUGAUAUUUGGAAGAACAAUAGCACCGAGUACAAGCCGGCCUCGCCCCACUACGUGCUCAGUCAGUUUGGCAAGAAGGUAUCGAAAGCAAUAAUUGAGAAGAUUAUCGAGCACGACGAGAAACCCUCAACAUUCGCCGGCAGCUCCACCUCAAGCAAGGUACAAAAUAUAAAAUAUGCCGUUUCCCCAAUCAAACUACCCAAAACGAACAUAACGCGUUUGGAGGUGGCUCUAGAAAGUGGUCCACACCAAUCCUACCAUAAAAAGAGCAGUGUGGAUGGUGACACGGCAACAAAGGGUGAACUACCAAUUGAUCGUCUGACCGGUGGCGCUGACAAGCGUCCAGCUACCAGCUCUGGGUCCGUAUCAGAUACGGAUACGCUAGUGGGAGAUGAGAGCCUGUUGAGGCUUGCCACAUCAGCAACAAACGAUGAUAAAAAAACAUUGGCAUUGCCUUGUGUGAGCAUGGCGGCAGCGGUGGCAGCUGUUGCAAGGAAUCGCCGUCGAGGCACUGAAGCGUUGUUGCAAGCGUCAAGCUUUGAAGUUGGGGUUACUCAUUCGGGUACCAGUAGCACCAAUACGAGCACCAAUACGGGCACCAAUACGAGCACCUAUGAAAUGCCCAAUGCGAGGCCCUGUCCAGAGAUAAUUAUUAAUGAGAAGACAUCUUUUCAAUCUCCAUCUCUUCCCAAUGAUCCAUCACAAAUGCAGUUUAGUCGCUCGGCGGUGGGCGGUGCCAAAUUUGUGACCAACUGCCAUCCCAUGAACGCCGAGGAGUACGAUAGCCUGGAGUUUGAGUCGCGCUUUGAGUCCGGCAAUCUGGCGAAGGCUGUGCAGAUCACACCCACCUACUAUGAGCUCUAUUUGCGACCCGACCUCUACACCAGCCGUUCCAAGCAGUGGUUCUAUUUUCGCGUUCGUCGCACUCGCCGCAACAUGCUCUAUCGUUUCUCCAUUGUCAAUCUGGUUAAGUCGGAUAGUCUUUAUAACGAUGGCAUGCGACCGGUCAUGUACUCCACACUGGGUGCCAAAGAGAAGAACGAGGGCUGGCGGAGAUGUGGCAAUAACAUAUCAUACUACCGCAACGAUGACGACAGCAGCAACAAUGCCAAUGAAGAGGACGAGGAUAACUCAAGCUACACACUGACUUUCACCAUUGAGUUCGACCAUGACGAUGAUACAGUGUAUUUUGCCCAUAGCUAUCCGUACACCUACAGCGAUUUGCAGGAUUAUCUCAUGGAGAUACAGCGUCAUCCCGUCAAAUCAAAAUUUUGCAAACUUCGCCUUCUCUGCCGCACACUAGCUGGCAAUAAUGUCUAUUAUCUGACAGUCACGGCGCCAUCCAGCAACGAGGACAACAUGCGUCGUAAGAAAUCAAUUGUGGUAUCGGCACGCGUGCAUCCCAGCGAAACGCCAUCGUCGUGGAUGAUGAAGGGUCUGAUGGACUUUAUAACGGGCGAUACGACAGUUGCGAAGCGACUGCGUCACAAAUUUAUCUUUAAACUGGUGCCGAUGCUAAAUCCGGAUGGAGUCAUUGUCGGCAACACACGCAACUCGCUAACUGGCAAGGACCUGAAUCGUCAAUAUCGAACUGUCAUACGAGAGACAUAUCCAUCAAUUUGGUAUACAAAAGCCAUGAUUAGAAGACUGAUUGAAGAAUGUGGUGUGGCCAUGUAUUGUGAUAUGCACGCACAUUCACGCAAGCAUAACAUAUUCAUAUAUGGUUGUGAGAACAAGCGUAAUCCGGAGAAGAGGCUCACGGAGCAGGUCUUCCCAUUGAUGCUGCACAAGAACAGUGCCGAUCGGUUCUCCUUCGAAAGCUGUAAGUUUAAGAUACAGAGGAGCAAGGAAGGCACUGGACGCAUUGUUGUUUGGAUGCUGGGCAUCACGAAUAGCUACACGAUUGAGGCAUCCUUUGGCGGAUCUGUGCUCGGCUCGCGCAAAGGCACCCACUUCAACACACAGGAUUAUGAGCACAUGGGACGCGCAUUUUGUGAGACGUUAUUGGACUAUUGUGAUGAAAACCCGAACAAAGUAAAGCGACAUGCUAAACUAUUUAAGCAAAUUAAAAAGAUAAGAAAACGCGAGAAACGCGAACAGAAAGCAUUAAAAUUACAAAAAAUGGCCGAUCAGGGAUGUAUACUAAGCGAUAAAUUGAAAAUUUUAAAUUUACUCAAACAACAGGAAAGACUACGCUCCAAAAUAAUCGAAAGACUGAUGCGCGAAGGAUCUAGCGCUGAUGAACCAUUAAACAUACCGCUUUCGGAUUACUCCAGCGACGAAGGCAACUGCAGUUCCAGUUCCGAUAACGAGGGCAAACAUUCGAUUACUGCCUCAGAUCUGGAAGGUCCUUGCUGUGCGCCAAUACGUGCACCGCCCAGUUCGCCCGAGGUCAUGCACGAGAUUCGGAAGUUUCGAGUGCGUCGCAUGCACAAGGUGAUGCAUGUCUUGGACCAAAUCUACUUUUCACCGGUGCUCCAGCGUAAGUUCAAGGCACUGGCGCGCCUGAAGCGUCGUCGUCAUGAUUUGGAUGGCAAGGUGACCGGUACAAAGCGUACGACUGCCGGUGCCACUGGACCCCGUUCACCCAGCGACAGUCUCAAUGCGAAGCUAGCAAGUAGCGAGACACGCCAAUACACACAGAUCACAACAAAGUUGCCGGCCUCAGAUUGUUCCAAUGGCAGCAAUGGAUCCCAGUCUUCGGAUGUAUUGACAGAUGCCAGCACGACGGAGACCAAUCAGUCCACCAAACCAAAGAAGCAGCAUGCAACCCAAACCCGCAAGCGUCAAAGGCCAAAAAAGAAGCACAUGCCCACAGAAAAUAGCAAAACGCGUGCAUUCAACCGCAAGACGCGCAUCAAUCGCAAUUUGCGACUUUGGCUGGCCAAUCGACGCAUUUUUAUUUUUCGCAGCAAGAAGAAUCGGCGUCAACGGGUUCGCAGUAAGCCACUGAAGAAGCGUGGCGAAGUGGUGCGCACCGCACUUGAUUUGCCCACGACAGAUCCGGGCUCUGAUUUGCAUUUCUCCACAGACGACGAGGAGCUGCUGCCCACAGGCAACGUGGCGUUUGGAGCGGUGGCUCCACUGCGUCACACCUUGCUCCAGAGUGAGCUGCAGCGGCGAUAUAUCGAGGAAAUUGGCGAUAUGGUGGUGCAGAAGCCCAAGCAGGCACAUAUGCCGCCCGAAUUGAUUGUGACCACGCCCUCGAAGAGUAGCGCUGGCGGCGGUGUUAAAAAGCUGGAAGUUUACAAGCUGACGCCACGGACAGCGCCCGAGCAGCAGGGAGGCCUUCAGCUGCAUAGCCAGAGCAAUGCCACUGGCGCCCGACGUACUUACUCCUGGCAUAAUCUCAACCAGGAUAGCGGACAUGCCAGGCCCAAUUUCUAUAUUAACGAUGCCAAGCCGUCCGUGAAGAUCCAGAAGGCGCCACCACGACGCAGUGUGCCGAGCAACUUUAUACCACUUGGCCAGCAGCGAUAUGCCAAUGCCGAUGAUCUGCAUCUGAAAUUGUCGCUGAAGAAAAAGAUUUGGACGGGUGCCAACGGUGACAAUGAUGGCAGACCGCUUGCUUGGUACAAGGGUCAUCAAUCCCAGACCCAUGCCCAUGUGGCAAGCGUAAUGGCAACUGCAGCGGCGGCAGCAGCGCUUCGCAACGCUGGCGGUGCACAAACUCGCAACAUGUUUGCCGGCAGCAACAAGGAUCCGUUAGCAACAACGGCAGCAGGUGUUGGUAUCGGUGCAGGUGCAGGAGCAACAACGUCGACAGUUUCAGCCACAUUGCCACCCGCCUAUAUGGGUGCGCCACGCAGGUCACGCAAAUUGGAGCAGGUGGAUUUGUUCAAUGCCUGCUCGCAAAAGCUGCUAAUGUGGCAGCAGGAGCACAAGAGCAAAAUGCAGACAUCGAAUGCACGACUGAUGGGCGGCAACAGCGGUAAGCUGGAUGCACAGGAGCCGCCGCAGAUUCUGAUGCGUGGCUGUAAGCCAAAAAAAAAUGUGAAAACCGUUGGCGGCGGCGGCGGCAACGAUGUCGUCCACGUGAAUAUAUCUAGUGUGAGCGGCAAGGGUAAGCGCAAGUCGAGCAUGAUUAAGAUUGCCGAGACGACUCAGCUGGUGACGCGAUUCUCUCGGACGCAUGCCAGCGCUGGUGGUGGUGCCACACUAGCCAAUGCCAAUACAAAUACAACAAAUGCCAAUGCCAAUGCCAAUCAUCAGAUGACACAGAUGCAGCGCUUGAUCUACAAGAGCAGCGACCAUCAUCAGCAGCAUCAUCAUGCUGGCUCCGUCUCUGCCACGGCAAGUGGCAUGCAACGCACAACUAGCAAGUUUAAGACUGGUGGCAUUGUCGUCACAGCCGUACAGCAAUCAACGGUUAAUCAUGCGGCACCCGUUGGCGCUGCUGGCGUCUCCAGGCGAAUACGACAUGCCCACGCCCACACCCACAGCCACACCCAUGGUCAUAUGGGGCACACACACACGCACAAUGCCGGACUGAUUAUCAAGGGCAGCUGCAACGGUGCCGCCGACAACAUUCUGCAAUAUCGCAAUGCGAACGCGCUGCAGGCGAACAAAUCAACGACAGGCUUCUCCCUGGACACGGUCAGCCUGGUGCGCAAGGUGAAGACCAAGUUGAAAAAGCGCAAAUCUCGAACGCUGGCAAAUGCUGCUGCUGCGAAGGCCAAGUGAAUUCACUUCUUGGAGUGUCCUCCAUAGACAGCGUAGAGAUUUAGGAUUAGUAUACCCGGACAUUCCCCCGACUUCCUUGACCGACCGUUUUGCUCCCUGAUAUUGGAAAAUAAGUUCAUGUACUUUCGUUUGGAUAUACAUAUAUACAUAUAUAUAAUUUUUUUUUUUUUUUUGCCUUUAAGCCAAAUUUUAGUCAAAUAUAAAUUUGUUAUACAGUCGAACGUUGCUAUAGAAUUGUGUUCAAUCAAGUACAAAGAAAGUUGCAAAUGAUUUGCAUGUUCUGUGCGACUUCACUGUAGCGAGGUUCGACUGUACUGCGCCAAAAUAGCGUUAGCGUUAGCGAAUAAUGAGCGCGAUUAGCAAAAUGUGCUUAGCUAAAUUUCCAUUACGUGUAAUGUACAGUAAUAAUAUGUUUGAAUGUAUUGAAUAUUUCAUAAUUUAGCGCAAUCAUUUGGCCCACAAUUUUUCUAUACAAAUUCGCAAUAAAAAAUUAA